AUGGACUGCAACAACUCAAAAACCAACUCGCCUUCCUCUUCUAAAAACAAAAGAAAACAGCACCAGCGACCUCAGCCGCAACAACAGCAACAAGAAACAAGAUUCUUGGGAGUAAGGAGGAGGCCAUGGGGCAGAUAUGCAGCGGAGAUAAGAGACCCUUCUACAAAAGAAAGGCACUGGCUUGGCACGUUUGACACUGCCGAGGAAGCUGCCUUAGCCUACGACCGUGCCGCUCGCUCCAUGCGUGGCUCCAAGGCUCGAACCAACUUUGUCUAUUCUGAUAUGCCAAAUGGCUCAUCAGUCACCUCCAUCAUCUCCCCUGACGAAUCACAGCAUGAUAUGUCAUCCAUUUUUUCCAUUAAUCCCUCUUUCCACCAACAAAACGAAGUCAAACAGAACCAGCUUUUCUUCAGUCAAGACCCUUUCAAUACAUGCCAGUUUUCUUCCGGGUUACCUCCUGGAGACGAGUGGAACCAAGAGAGUAGUGAUACGGUAGGGUCUUACAGGCCCAUUACUGGUGUUAUGGAUGCUGGAAAUGGUGGUUCUCAACAGUUCAGUGAUGACUGUGAGCUGCCACCUUUGCCUCCAGACGUCUCUUCCACUCGUAACGGGUCUGGAGUUGAUGGUUCGGAAAUGAGUUAUGGAGCUUGGAGUGACACAGGCCUUUUCGGGUACUCAGAUCAAAUCGAAAAUGGGUUUGACUCAAGAGUGAGUGGACCAUAUUUGGGCUUUAACUCUUACGAGUUUGUGCAGCACAGCCCACUCUUUGGGAGGAUGCCAUCGGUUACUGAUACCGUAACUGAUGAAUUUGAUUUGGGUUCAUCAUCGGGUUACUUCUUUUAA